AUGAAAUUCCCCACUGUCGACGCAGUCUCUUUUGAAAGUGCAGAGCCACCUGCGCGUAUGCAUCAAAGACCUUGUCUUUCACAAACCUAUUCUCCGCCAAUCAAAGCCAGAGUAUGCCCAAAUGAUGCUUUCAUGUAUCAAGAAAUGAUCUCCAACCAGCUCCAGCCAACUGACCCAUCCAUUCGGAAACACUCAGCUGUCAUCGUAGGUGCCGGACUGAGCGGACUUGCAGCCGCACGAGAACUCAAGAAGUCUGGUAUGACAGUGACAGUAUUAGAAUCAAGUGAUCAAUCAGGAGGAAGAUGUCACACCGUAAAACUUGCAGAGGGAGUAUAUGCAGAAGCCGGUGGAAUGCAACUCCCUACGUCUCAUAAGCUUAUGAUGGCUUUCAUCACCCUUUUCAGGUUGAAAUAUGCCAAGUUCGCAAACAUGAAGGACAAGAGCGGUUUGUUAUUUUUUGACGGCAAGAAGCGCUUCAUCAACGAAGAACUUGCUGAUCCUGAGAGCCUACUUGCCCAAGUUGUGCAGAAGUGGGACAAAUCAAUUGGUCGCAUUUGUACUAUGCUGAGCAAUGGCAGCAUCACCUGGGAUGACGUCCGUAGAAAAUACUGUGGAAAGAGCCUCCAUGAGUUCUUGCUUGAGGAGAAGUGGUGCGAAGAGCUCAUACAAGGCUUUUCCAAAUUCGGUGUUGGACUAGGAGCCUAUGGAUCAAUCCUUGAGCUCUCUUUGUUGGAGAUCAUCCGUCUGUUUGUCUCUGAGGAUGGUUACGAAGCCAAGAACGUACAGUUGGUAGGUGGAAUGGAGACUUUGACAAAGGGCUUCUUGUUUGAUAAAGCGGUACCACUCAAGGAGUCCAUUGUCUACAACUUCAAAGCCGCAUCUGUUACUUGCAAUGAAGUGUCAGGCAAAUUCACUAUUGCCAGCCUUGAUUAUUCAGUCACAUACGAGAGCGACUUCGUUGUGAUGUCGGCGCCAUUGCCAGCGUUACAGUCCAUCCACUUUUGGCCCCCCUUCCGUGUGGAACUGCAAGAGGCUGUCAUGAAUACCCAUUACAUCAAUGCAAUCAAAAUAUUUCUUGUGACCAAGUCAGCCUUUUGGUUGGCUCACGGUGUCAAUGGAAUGGUAGUCUUGGACCUCACAGUGCAAAACACGUACUUUGUACGGGAAGAAUUAACUUGUGGAAAGGGUCUGAUCAUUGCCUCCUACACAUUGGAAAAUCAGGCCGAAAAGUUUUUUGGGCUAAGUGCUGAAGAGCAGAUUCAAGUCGCAGUGGAAGAGCUGAAGACUAUCUUUCCCGAGAUGGAAACAUCUUUUGAAUCAGGAUUUGUGCAUCUCGGUCUUGUCGAUGGUGUUGGAUUGAAGGACCCAAUUCAGCUUGUCCUAGUUCCAGCACCCUCCAUGAAACGAGAGCGCAAAGCAACUAUGUUCUUCAAAUCAAAGAAUUGCCACUGCGUUUUGAUUCCAAGACACUUUGUUUCUUAUCAAGUUGAGUUUGUCAUGCCAGAAGACAAUAAUUUUGGUCAAUCCAACACGGUUAGAAGAGAUGGCGACAAAUCAAACAGAGACAAAGUUCUUGCAUUCCUCUCCUCGCCGUUGAACAUGGUCAAGUGGACAGGACAUCGAGCAAUAUCUUAUUCCAACAAGAAAGGAGAUUUUGUUGAGACUCGUCUGGGUCCAAUGGGAGAGUUGGUUUCCAGUGUUCUUUGUGUUAGUGUUGAGGUUUUGGUGCCCACGCUUCUGCCAGAAGUUAUUUUGGCAAAAAUUAAGAGAAUCGUUUUGCUUGCGUUGGAUCUUCUCAAGGCACUGCUGGAGGGAAAUGAGAUGAAUGUCAUAUCUGAUCUUGUCCAUCACGGCAUACAAGCCCACCACUUGAGCAUCUACAAUGCCACUCCAAGAAGUAUCCUCCCAACAAAUGCCGGAGAGAAGUUUUUGUUCGAGGGCCAGAUAUUGCGCCAAGGGGAGCUAUUUGACACUUUUUCCACGGCCUUUGCGCUCACAAUUAGGACUAAACCCGUGGCAGCACUCUGUCCUAUUGGAGUUGUGGACAUCCCCGGAGCUGUUGCCAUUGCCAAUGCGUACAACUUGCCCUUGGCUGUUCGUGGGUCUAAGGUCAGUCAUUUGGCAGGAGGUCAAGCUCAUUCACAUCACGGGUUUGUGCUUGACAUGUCCAAGCUUGCCUCGGUUGAGAUUUUGGACAACCAACUCGUAAAGGUCGGAGCUGGUACGUACUGGGAUGAGGUAGUUUGGCAAACACUUGGACAAGGGUUGAUGCCACCUGUUGUUAAUGAUUACCAAUUCUUGAGCGUUGGGGGUACAAUAAGCAUGGGAGGAGUGGGGUUCAUGUUACAUCGCUUUGGAGUACAGGCUGCGAAUGUGGAGGAAAUGGAGGUUGUAACAGGAUGCGGCAGCACUGUCGUUUGUAAUCCCAAUCAAAAUUGUGAUCUCUUUGAUUCAGUACGAGCCGGCCUUGGGCAGUGUGAUAUUAUCACUUCUGUUACAUUGCCUCUUGUGCCUGCUCCAAAACGAAUUGCUCUAUUCAAGCUCUUCUAUGAUGCAAAGGACGCUGAUUCCUUUGUGAAUGCUAUGAAGCGAUUCAGUGAACAUGAGGAAAUUGACAACAUUCAAGCUUUUCCAAGCCUUGUACCGUGA